AUGCCACGAAUUCAAAUUAACAACCAACGUCUGAAUCGAAGAGAAAACUUUGCUAAUGAACCUUCUGUUUGCCAGGGAACACCAAACACAACCCACAACGACUUGACAAAUUCUUUCGUUCAACAUCGUUCCACAUUUCGUCCUCCCUCCGUCUCCACCAUCUUAUCUUUUGCUAAUAAUGAUGACAACGACGGCAACAAUGACCUAGCACAUGUCAAUCAAGAGUUUAUGGAUGAACUGUUAUCCAAAAUUGAACCAACCUACAAACAUAAGGUUGAAGAAUGCAUCAGUCUUAGCCUUCAUGAAUUAAUCACACCAAAAGCUAAGUCAAGAAAAGGGAAAACGCCACGACCUCAGAAUCCAUUUGUACUUUAUCGACGGGAUAUCCAAGCCAAACUUAUUCAAUUGCAUGGAAAGGAAAUUGGUGGUGAUUUGGCCACAAUAUCAAGAGUCGCUUCGGAUUAUUGGAAAAAUGAAAAAGUUGACGUUAUCCGAAUUUUUGAAUUUAUUGCGAACCUUGCAAAAGAUGUCCAUGAAAAAGUUUUUCCAAAUUAUGUGUACAAACCAAGGAGAAGGCGGUCUAAAGGUCCAGUUUACAACAUGGACGAGGAAGAAAGAGAGUUGCUUCUUAAUGUCACUCAAAAUUACCAGAAUAUUUACCCUUAUACGUUCUCAUACGUGAAUUCUCAGUAUAAUCAUUAUCCUCAACAUAGGUCUUCAAUGUUUAAUUCCACUUCACAUGUAAGUUCAAGCUUACAUAAUUCUCCUUCUUCUCGAACACCUCCUGCACCAUCCCCUACACGCAAUUUUCUUCUCUUACCUCCUUUGAAAAUUAAUUCUCACACCGAAAAAGAAAUUAAUCUCCCUCCAAUAUCACAGACUGAUGAUUCCAAUAAUAAUCGUAGUUGUAAAGAAAAUUUUUGUCAGCAUUUUCAUAAGCAAAUUUCUGGUCCAUCUUCUCCAUCUCCUCCUGUCAUGCCACAGGUAUCUUCUGCUCCCACUUGCUCUUAUGAUCGUGGUGUUAUUCGCACCUUAAAUUCAUUUUUUUAA